AUGGAGCUGAGCCCCGUCCGUCUGCGAAAGCUCACUGGCACGUGGCAAGGCUCCUCUGCCGGCAAGGCGUGGUCUUUGACAAAGUAUCAAAUCGAGGAUCAUCUAAGCCGAUGUCAGGCCGAGGUCCUCGCCUUGGUGGAGGGGCUUGAGCCCAUUACAUCUGCGUGUACACAGGGACGCAUGUCCUACAACUUCGCGCUGGAGGACGUGCUGUUUGACUGUGCAUUCGCGCCUUGUGUGCUGCGUGACACAGCUGGCACGCUCGUUGUGGAUUUCAAUCGCUUUCAGGAGCUCAUCCCAGCCCCCGCAGCACAGUCAAUGUAUGAGAGCUUACCUGGCUGA